UAUUUAUUGUACUAUCCAGGAGGAGUCGGAUCUCGCCUGACGCAGAUUUCUGCUCUGCGGUUGUUUUACGAGGAGUCUUCAAGGAUAAACCUCCAAGAUGUCAAAAGACGUCCCACGUGAGCCAGAGCAGCUCCGCAAGCUGUUCAUUGGAGGCCUGAGCUUUGAGACGACAGAUGAGAGCCUGCGGGCUCAUUUUGAACAAUGGGGCUCCCUUACAGACUGUGUGGUCAUGAGAGACCCCAACAGCAAGAGGUCCAGGGGUUUUGGCUUUGUUACAUAUUCGUCAGUACAGGAAGUUGAUGCUGCCAUGGCUGCCCGUCCCCACAAAGUGGAUGGAAGGGUCGUGGAGCCUAAGCGUGCAGUUUCUAGAGAGGACUCAAACCGUCCAGGUGCUCAUGUAACGGUGAAGAAAAUCUUUGUGGGAGGCAUCAAAGAAGACACAGAGGAGUCGCACCUUAGGGAUUACUUCCAGCAGUUCGGCAAAAUCGAGGUCAUUGAUAUCAUGACCGACCGCAACACUGGAAAGAAGAGGGGUUUCGCUUUUGUCACAUUUGAUGACCAUGAUUCAGUGGAUAGGAUUGUCAUUCAAAAAUAUCACACUAUCAACUCACACAACUGCGAAGUGAGGAAAGCCCUCACCAAGCAGGAAAUGCAGAGUGUUGGAAUGGGAAUGAGAGGAGGACGCAACAGCGGGGGGAGGCCAUACGAUUAUGACAGAGGCUUCAACCAGGGAGGUAGGGGCAGAUACGGAGAUGGUCCAAAUAACUGGAAUGAUGGUGGUUACGGAGGCGGUCCUGGUGGUCCUGGCGGCUAUAACAACGGCGGCAACAGGGGUUAUAACCAGGGCUAUAACCAGGGUGGUGGUGGAGGUGGCGGCGGAGGCUACGGUGGAAACAGUUAUGACAGCAACGGUUAUGGUAACUGUGGAGGAGGUGGUGGCGGCGGUGGGAGUAACUACAACAACAUGGGCCAUUACGACCCCCAGGCCUCUAACUUUGGCCCAAUGAAGAACAACUUUGGCGGCGGCGGCGGUGGUGGUGGCGGCAGGAGCUUUGGUGGCUACGGAGGUGGCUCUAACAAUCCCGGUGGCUAUGGCCGCCCAGGACGAUUCUAGAAUAAGUGGACUGAGUACUUAGGAGAGGAGAGCAAGGAGAGGAGAGCAAGCGAAGUGACAGGGCAGCUGCAGGUUUACCUCCUAAAUCUGCUCAGCCAAACAGUUGUGGCAGGUUACAGCUGCUACAAGAAGAGAUGUACAGUAGAUAAAUCAUGGAGGGCCUUCAAUUAAACUUUUGUGUCUUCUGUUUUUUUCUUUCAUCAAAAUGUGUUUAUAAAACAUUCCAAUGAGGGUUUUAUGUUUAUCUUUAAGUCUGGCUUUUAUUUGUAACUGCAUCAAAUCAAUCUGAAAUAAAACACCUUUCAGUUUUUUUAAGUCUUGUUAGAUUCUUUAGCGGUUCGGGUAAGGGAGGGUGCAUUAUUAGAUGCAGAGUGGGGAUGAGGACAAUUCUGAAUGUGAGGCAUUUGGGAAGGGAGAAGAUCGCUGUAUCUACCAUUGUGGUUGAGGAGUUGUGGACAGAUGCUAUCAUCAUAAAGAGGCCAUCACUUGGUACAAACUCUGCCCUGAUUUCAACAAAGAUCAUCUGGAGGAUGCUAGCUUACAUGCAAAGUCUGAGGCUAGCCAUGGGAGCAAGCUGAGGGAGAGAAGUAGCAAAGCCAUCGCCAGGAUCAUUGAAGCAGGGGAGAGUGAGAACAUAGUCCUGAGGCUAGCUGACAGCAGCUACCAAAGGGCUUAAAUGCUGACCGUAGGUAAGACCAGACUUCUCAACUACUGCUAGUAAAUCUAACCUUUGACUCGUAGCUGGUAGUCAGUUAUACAGCCAGCAAUGGCGUAAACUUAAGUUCGUAUUUGCUUCAGUGUUGAUGGUAAAAUUGACCUCUGUAAUUGUGAAUGGAGGUCAAAUCUGUUGCAUGCAUUUAUU